CUCCCCGCAGCGAGUGCCCGGUCCCCUCCCGCCGCAGCCCUCCCGUAGCCCGGAUUUCACUCCCAUGGCAAAGCCGGCCCUGCAGGAAUUGGUGCUAUGACAGGCAAACUACUGGAGAAGCUGCCGGGGACCAUGAACACUUUGAUGAACCAAUUGCCUGACAAUCUGUACCCAGAGGAGAUCCCCAACUCUUUGAAUAUCUUCUCCAGCACCAGCGACUCGGUGGCUCACUACAACCAGAUGGCUGCAGAUAAUGUUAUGGACAUUGGCUUAGCGAACGAAAAGGCCGGUCAGGAAUUGUCCUCCUACUCGGGCACUUUUCAACCCGCCCCGGGCAACAAGACUGUCACCUACCUGGGGAAAUUCGCUUUCGACUCGCCCUCCAACUGGUGCCAGGACAACAUCAUCAGCCUGAUGAGCGCCGGCAUCCUGGGGGUGCCGCCGUCGUCGGGCGCGCUCACCAGCACGCAGAGCUCGGCGGGCAGCAUGGGGCCGCCGCAGGGCGAGGUGGACCAGAUGUACCCCGCGCUGCCGCCCUACUCCUCCUGCAGUGACCUCUACCCAGAGCCCGUCUCCUUCCACGACCCCCAGAGCAACCCCGGCCUCACCUACUCCCCCCAGGAUUACCAGGCGGCCAAGCCCGCCUUGGACAGCAACCUCUUCCCCAUGAUCCCAGACUAUAACCUCUACCACCACCCCAACGACAUGGGCACCAUCACGGAGCACAAACCCUUCCAGAGCUUGGACCCCAUCCGCGUCAACCCGCCCCCCAUCACCCCGCUGGAGACCAUCAAGGCCUUCAAGGACAAGCAGAUCCACCCGGGUUUCGGGGGGCUGCCGCAGCCGCCCCUCACCCUCAAGCCCAUCCGACCCCGCAAGUACCCCAACCGGCCCAGCAAGACGCCGCUCCACGAGCGGCCCCACGCCUGCCCCGCCGAGGGCUGCGACCGCCGCUUCUCCCGCUCCGACGAGCUCACCCGCCACCUGCGCAUCCACACGGGCCACAAGCCCUUCCAGUGCCGCAUCUGCAUGCGGAGCUUCAGCCGCAGCGACCACCUCACCACCCACAUCCGCACCCACACCGGCGAGAAGCCCUUCGCCUGCGAGUUCUGCGGCCGCAAGUUCGCCCGCUCCGACGAGCGCAAGCGGCACGCCAAGAUCCACCUCAAGCAGAAGGAGAAGAAGGCCGAGAAGGGCUCGGGCGGGCAGCCCCCCGCCGUGGUGGUGGUGGUGGUUGUGCCCAUUUCCACCGUGCUGGAAGACGCCGGAGACACCGGGAGCGGGCGGGAGACGCCACAGCGAGGAGCCACCCGAGGCCGCGCCAACAUUUUCGGCUCCUUCCACACGGGCGAGGAAGAGGAGGAGGGAAGGAGCCCACCAGGUCCUGGGCACCUGCUGUGCCCCCCCUCCACCCCGGGCCCAGCCGUCCCCGAGGGGCAGGAGCCUCCCGGCGCGGAGCAGGAGGCCGAGGAGCACCGGGAGCACCCUUGGGUGGCGGAGCGCGGGGAGCGCGUGCGGCACCUUGCACGAAAAAUGUUGGUUGCUACGGAAACACGGCACUUUCCAUCCCCGUUCUGGGCUAUCUGUGUUCUGGGGAGGAGGGAAGGGCUCCCAGUCACGUACCAGCCCCGCACAGCUUGCUGCCUCUCCCCUCCUCGACGGCACGGCCGGGGUCCCUGCUGA